AUGGCUAUCAGCACAUCUGGGACCUCCACUCCGCCCAUGUCGCCUGCUGGGCCGAGUAGGAGAGCGCCCAGACGGACCGCUUCCGCCCAAAGCGAUGAUUGGGAGGACCAUCACGCGUCGCACGAUGAUGAAGAUGGGUCAUCUACCGGUCGAGCAUCCAGCUCGAGGCAUGCUACGCCGAAGGGAAAGACACGGGCGGAUAUAGCUGUCCCUUCGCCACGGAGAGUGGCGACUCCGGUCCGCCGUAGGAAGGUACCGCUAGCUUCAGGUUCGGGAAAAGCUAGUCCCGCUGCAACGCCCCGGCGGGAAGCUCGACCUCAACCUUUGGCUCCCGUGCCCGGCAGACCACCACCACCGGCUACAGGCAGACCAAGAACGCUCAAACUCGCGCUCGGGAUGGUUUCAAUAGCCUUCUCCAUCCUCCAGCGCACGAUUUCAUUCGGCAUAUCCAUCCUAUCGACCAUACUCGCGCCCUACCUCCUUCCCCUCUUCCUUGGCCUCUCCGCAAUCCUCAUCGCCGGUCUAUCAGCCUACUGGCUCCUUCCCCUCCUCCCCUCCUUCCUCGUCAAUCUCUCCGCUCAGGCUAUCCGUUCGGUCCUCCCAUCGGCCACGUGGGCAGUCGGCUCGCUCUCCAAUCUCGGCGUUACACGAUCUGCGGCCAUCGUGCCCGCCCGGAUAUUAGUCACUCCGGCUUGCACCCUGCUUGGUCUGGGAUGCCAGUACUCGAUGCUGUCCACCUUCAGGCCGAAUCUGAGCGUAGAUAUGCCGGACCUGGACAGCGAUGAGGAGGUGCAAGAAGAAGGGAGGACGGCGAGGCCGUUCUGGGAGUGGGAUUGGAGUAGGGUCGUCCCUGAUCUCGCGCUCGGCCGAGGGCGAGGGGGACGGUCAGGGGUAGAUGUGGCGGGUGUGGCGAGAGGUCUGGGGAGGGAAGCGAAGCAAGCGAGGGAUAUCUUUGAGAGUGUGCAGUCGAUGAGUAGUGCAGGGCUGGUGCGGAAUCUGCAUUAUGUCAAGAUCUGGGAAUUGGGUGUCGCUGUCAGCGUUGGAAGCAAGCUAGACGGUAAGGAGAUUGUGGGAAGAGAGAUCACCGAUCUUGGCGAUAUCACACGUGAUCUAGCAGACGAGAUCUCAGCGGUCGACUAUGCCGCCGUCAAUGCAUUUACAUGGAUCCAAUGGGAGCUCCUCGACUCCCCCACUCCACCCUCCAACGCCACCCUCGCCGCGCGCAUCCACUCCCUCAUAAACCAGCUCGACUCGGCAUUCACCGAGCUCCACUCCCUCACUUCCACCGCCACCACCACCGCCUCCCUCGCGUCCGACAAGGGCUCGCGGCUCUAUCGCCGCCUCACCGAGAUCCGUUUCUCGCUGCUCACAGAAAAAGAGCGCGACCCGAUCUGGCGCCAAGCGUGGGACAAGAACAAGCACCGGCUCGUGGGCGGUGAAGUCCCCCGAUCGGAGAUGCUGGAGCGGGACCUGACGCUCACGGGCCAAACAAUAGAGGGGCUGGGGGAUGCCAAGGAGCACCUGGAGCGAGUGAGGGUGUUGACGAAAGGGUAUAGGGAUCAGUUGGGGAUGACGCAGGCGAGGCUGGUGGGGUUUCAUUUGGGCGCGGAGGGGGCGGGGAUGGAGGCGGAGGAGGAGGUCAGGGUGCUGGGGAGGUUGGUGGAGGGUUUAGGGGAUGCGGUGGGGGAGGCGAAGAGGCGAGCUAAGGCGGGCAAGGGGCCGGUUAGGAAGGGGUAUAGGGAGAUUGAGGCUUGA